AUGGCAUCCAGUGCGUCAGUUGAAUCAUUCUUGGGCAAGAUCCAAGAAUGUUCCAUAUGCAGGAACCGUUUCGAGGAACCCAAAAUUCUCGACUGUUCACACAGUUUCUGCCUGAAAUGUCUCCUUCAGCUCAGACAACGCCAAGAAGACGCGCGGGUUACCAAGCUAACGUGUCCUACGUGUGGGCGUGGAACUGAGGCAGAAGAUGAUGAUGACGUUAAACAUUUACCAGAUGACUUUAUAUUAAGUACCCUGAGUGGGUUUACGCUACAGGAUCAACUCGUGCAAGGUCAAGGGUUAGAGGUCAAAUGUCAAGCCUGCGAUGAGAAGAUGAAGGCCGUAUCAAAGUGCAUGGACUGCGAUCAUUUCCUCUGCGAAGAAUGCCAACGAGCUCACCAGCGCCUGGCGCUGAUGAAAGCGCAUCAAAUCUGCACGCUGACACAGCUUCGAUUGGGAGAAGUUCGCAAACAGAGAGAUGAGCCAAAAUGUGGUGAGCAUCCAGAUCAGACUCUCCGCUUCUACUGCAACACGUGCGAGAUGCUCGUUUGCAAAAUCUGCUUUGAUUUGCAUCACGGAGGACAUCACCAAAUUGGCCUGCCGGAGGCUUUGGAAAAGUGCAAGAGAGACGUAAAGGACCUGGCUACAAAAGUGAAAGAGACCAUAACAGAACUAAUGAGAAUCGGGGUGGAGGACGUACACAAGUCCCAGCAGAAAUUGGAUGCCAUGUUUGAAAUCACCAAGAGGAAAAUCUCAGAGAAAGCGGACAAGGAAAUUGCAACGAUCAGAGGAGAGGAGCAGAGACUGAAGCAAGAGGCAGUGACGAUCUACAAUGACAGAGUCGAGACAUUUGAAAGUGUUAAAGCUACAAGCCGCAAGGAGGUGAGCGAAGCAGGACACAAACUGGAUGAGGUAAACCAACUAAUGUCCCAACUGGGUUGCCACGCCAUUGUGCAUCUCAGGCACAGAAUCUUGCAAGAACUGCAGACUCUCUUGCAGUCGCAGAGAGACCUGAUUGGAAAGCAGCAAGGGAAGUUUUCUAGCAAGCUGUCAUUCUUGGACUUUGAAAUCUGGGGCCGGGACGUACUGCCACUUGGAAGACUGCUGGACAAGCCAGAAGCUAGACCAAGAUUAAAAUCAGACGAUUUACAUCAACCUGUCAGCACAAAAGACCGUAAGUGGGAACUCAAGGCACGAGUCCAGACGUUUGGCCCAACACGGACUGGUUUCAGAUGGGCUUGCAACGUCGGGAUUUACUCAACCGGCGAGAUCGUUGUGGCAGACACUGCGCACAAAAGGCUGGUUGAAAUCCAGCCAUCCAACCUCGAGUCUAACGCAAUCUCAUUGCAACCCAACUGUUCAAAUCCAGUUUGCGUUGCAGUGAACAAGAACGAUCAGCUUCUGACGCUGGACGGCCCUUUCGUGAAGAUCUUCGAUCGGAAGCGCAUGUACAAGCUCGUUCAUCAGUUCACACCCGCUCAAGGGCCGCACAGCAAACCCACGUGCCUGGCCGUGGACGAUGGUAAUCUAAUUGCAGUGGGAUACGAGAAAACUGAGCAGAUCUCCCUGCAUCAUCCGAAUGGGUCUCUACUGAGGAGAGUGCCCGCCGCCAUGACCAUCGAGAACCUGACGGCCUCUAGGCAGAGGCUCAUUUUCACCAACUGGGACAGGAAGAAGCUAGUUGCAGUGGACUACCACGGCAAGCUCGUCUUCUGCGUGGAUACCAACCAGAGCAUGGCCCGGAACUGGGGGCCUGCCGGGGUUUGCUGCGGCGGGGAUGGCAGCAUCUACUUGGCCGUCUGUGGGCUCGGGUCCUCCAGUGGGGAAAUCCAUCACUUUGGCCUAGACGGUAAAUACGUCCGGUGCCUGGUUCAGGACUGCGGCUCCCCACGCGGUAUCGCAUUUUCUGCAAAGGAGGACAGUCUGGUGGUGGCUGCGGGGAAUUCAGUUCACAUCUUUCACUGUAAAUAA